AUUGUCAUGGACUCGUUUCAUUUUUUUGAUAAAUGGAUAAAUUAUCCACCCCUCUCACUUGAUUUCAUCCUUUGCCCCAGUAUAGACACAACAUGUAAAGCUAACAUUUAAUCCACAGAUAUCUUGAACGAAGCCAUCUUUGAUGAAAACCAUGAAGAGAUGGUGAUUGUCAAGGACAUUGAUUUGUUCUCUCUCUGUGAACAUCACCUGGUGCCCUUCUUUGGCAAGGCUCAUAUAGCAUACCUCCCAAACAAGAAAGUUGUUGGACUUAGCAAGCUUGCAAGAAUUGUUGAGAUCUACAGCAGGCGGCUUCAAGUUCAGGAGCGUCUAACCAAACAGAUUGCUUCAGCCAUCUCUGAGGCGCUGGAGGCCUCUGGAGUGGCAGUGGUGAUUGAGGCCGU